AUGCGCCAGGUGACCCACCUCUCCCACGACACGUUCUUCGAAGCAGCCCACAACUGGCAGCGCCUGCUCGCCGGAAGCCGCGACCUCCUUCGGCGCCUCAGCGUCGACCGCCGCGAGGGGAGCGAGAGCCAGCGGUCCCUGGCGGUACAACUCCUGGCGCUUUGUGUCCGACCGCUCAACAAGGCGCCAAGUUGGAUGAGCGAGCCAGGCAACGGCCUUUGGAUGGCCGUCGUGGAAACCAAGGACACAUGGCUGAAGGUGCGCUCUCGGCGGACCAAGGGCGGCACCGACGAGGAGCCCAUCGACCAUCUGGUUUUGGCUCUCGAGUUGUGCAACAUCAAGCAUCUCGUGCGGUUCGCGUGCGACCACAUGCUCAACGGCGACGCGCAGAACCUGGACUUCCUCUCGUCCUUCACCGCUGAGGUGCUGUGCCGCUACGACGCCUCUCUUUCGGAAGGCCACCGCGAGAAGCCGUGGCUGCAAGACGUCCUCCUCACCUUCCCUUCCCACCUCGCGUCCAUACGACGGACUCGCUCACUCUUGUCUUGGACAUGA